CUCAUCAGAUACAGCAGCAGAAAAACUUUCAUCACUUUGAGACUUCAGCCAAAGUAACUGAUCGAAAUGGCAGACGUCGCCGUUGCAGUUCCCGCCGAGAAGAGGGCACCUCCCAAAUUCAAGCAGAGGACCACUCGCACCUUCAAGAGCAAGGCGCCUAAACCUGGCCAGAAGGGAUUCGGAGACGACAUCCCCGGCAUGGAGGGCCUUGGCACAGACAUCACAGUGAUCUGCCCAUGGGAAGCCUUUGGGGACAUGGAGCUCAGCGACCUGGCGAAAUAUGGAAUUGUUUAGCCCUCUUCUUUAUGAACUCUUACCUCCUGUUAAAACAGUUGUCCCUCAUGUAUUCCAACUGUUUUACUGAGAAAAAAUAUGGCUUUGUGGUCAAGAGAGGAGGCAGCUUUUGAUUAUUUAAAAUCUGACCUGAAAAAAAAAAAUCCAGCACUCUCUCUUGACUCUUGCACUUUAUCUGGCCCUGCCUUUCCAACAAUUCUCCAUCGUCCUCGUAACGAGCGCUGAUAGCAGCUCUGGAACUCAAAUUUUACUUUCCACAGAGGAAAAAAAAGAAAACAAAUGAAGUAUUUAUUUUCAUAUUGUGAUAUUCUAUAUUUUUUGUUUUAUUCUCCUCAAAACUGCUGACUCAACAUGCAAAGAUGUCUAUCUUUUGUAAAAGAAAAUUUUAUUUUUAUGCCAAAGUGUAUAAUUCACUUCACUCUUCAGGGAAAAAAGAUCAUCAAUAUAUUGUCUGUAGAGAAGAACAAUUCAGUGAACACAAUAAAUGUUGAUUAUUUCGAUAGAACAUCUGU